CAGCCACAAUUGCUCAAUAUUAGAGAGAGGGGGAGGGAGAGAGAGAGAGAGAGAGAUGAAGGGUCUACGAAACUCAAUAGCAUAUUGUGUGAAAGAGAACAAGCAAUGUGUAGGGUGGGUAGAGAAGUAUUUUAAGGAUUGCUUAUGCAACUUCAAUGAUGAGCUUUCAUUUGCUUUUGGGCUCAUAAGUCUGGUCUGUUGGGGAGUUGCAGAAAUCCCACAGAUCAUCACCAACUUCCGCACCAAGUCCAGCCAUGGAGUCUCUCUUCUCUUUCUCCUUACUUGGAUUGCUGGUGAUGUUUUCAAUUUAGUGGGUUGUCUUCUUGAGCCUGCAACGUUGCCCACUCAGUUCUACACAGCUCUGCUGUACACAGCAAGUACUGUAGUGUUGGUGUUGCAAAGCCUUUACUAUGAUCACUUAUAUAGCUGGUUGAAGGCCCAAAGGAUUGAGCACAAUCAAGGGGUUGAAGAAGAAAGAAAAUUUUUGAAGCCACCUAAACCAUAUGAUUCAGCCAUUCCAAUACCUGGUGGCACCCCCAUAAUGCAUCAGCGCCAUAGGGAAAUUUACUACGUGUCCGCAAGAUCUCUGGCUUGGACCAACACUCUACCAACACGGUCUCCUCUAAGGGCAGCUAGAAGUGGUCCUCCAUCAGUAAUGGGACUCGAACACGACUCAUCAUCAGAUGAUGAGCCUAUUCGAGCUUCUUCCCAUAAAUCUCGUAGCAAGCCUAAGCCCAUCCCACGAUCUGCUGGUUCUGCAGCAUUCCUUGCUGCAUCAAUAAGCCUGCCCAGUGGAAGUAAGGCCUUGAUGCAUGUAUACAUGGGAUUAAGUGGGAGGAGACUCUUACAAGAACAAAAUAGCACGGAGAACAAUGUGAUUGGGCAAUGUUUAGGAUGGAUGAUGGCUGCAAUAUACAUGGGUGGUCGUAUCCCUCAAAUCUGCUUAAAUAUUAAAAGAGGGAGCGUAGAGGGACUGAAUCCACUCAUGUUCAUCUUCGCACUCAUUGCUAAUGCUACUUAUGUCGGAAGCAUAGUUGUAAGAACAUCUGAGUGGGACAAGAUUAAACCCAACAUACCCUGGUUGCUGGAUGCUGUGGUCUGCGUGGCACUCGACUUACUUAUCAUAUUGCAGUAUAUAUACUACAGAUACAUCGGGGAAAGGAUGACAAGUGAAAGCAAAGACUAUGGAGACUACUAUGUAGAAGCAAAUAAAGCUCCUUUGUCUUGACAGCUUGUUGACAUUUGUAACUCUCUCUCUCUCUCUCUCUCAAUCAGUUUGUGUAUCAUUUUGUUCUUCAAGGAAUUGCUUGUUUGUGUUGAACAUUUUAAGGUACCCUUUGGAAUUAAGAGAGAGGUUAGAGACAAUAACCUCAAAUGAAGGGAGAGAAAGGGUAGUGGAACUGCUAAUGCACCUAGUAAAUUGUCUAUAGUGUGUAAAACAAUUCUAAUUCUUCAAUUUUACUAACUUUUUUCCUAUUUAAUAAUAAAAAAUUAAUAUUA